UAGAAAGAGAUAAAGCAAUCGUUUUACACUGGCAAAAACUACAUCCUCAGAAGAGAGCAGCUCCUGCGUUGAGAUCACGUUAUACAGUUGCACCUUGGUAUAUAUAUGUAGGUAUUGCGGACAUCUUAAUGAAUUCGCUCCGACCAUCGCUCUCUUUCUGUUCUAUAACUGCACUUUACGACUCUUCAGACCUACCCUAAGAGACAGUCCCGUUGGAAUUCAGACGUCUGGCUAUAUUUAUUUACAAACCAUAUCUUGAUCGUGUAUCAGACAUCUGCCGAGACUCAAGCCUUUAUUAAGAUCAACAAGAGAUUAUUCCACUUGCCAUAAAGAAAAUAUUUAUUAUCUUUCCGUGGAGGUUGCUUAACAAGAAGAUCAGCUAGUUAACGAAUUUCGGGGAACUUAAUCAUCGAAUUCAUAGGAGGCAAUUAAAAUACAUAUACGGCUCCAUUUACACAUUCUGCCCCUGCGAAAUCUACUUCACUGUCGCCAGCGGCAACUUUUCCAUUGAGAGUGGGGCGGCUUUUGUUUUCCUCAUUGGCGGGCGCGUUAAUGAUAAUGACAAUAUUAUUAUAAUAAAACCAAAAGAGCUCUGUCGGAACUGUAAUUAAUGGAAUCGUCACUAUCAGAGCAUUGUUAAACAGCAAUAAAACAAAAAAAGGUCCUAGAAAUAAUCAAGCAAACUGACAAACAAUUCGCACCGUCUGCUUAUAAUGGGACAAUCAAUAAAUCGCAUAGCCAGACGCCUGUUAAAUCUAUAACUGAGUAAACAUGGUUUAUUGUUCCAAUGGAGAGAGAAGGCCCUGCUAAUCCACGUUGUUCCGAGUCCGCUCAGGAAACUAGCCUCCAGAGGACUGGGCGUCCGCCACUGGCAAGCCGUUCUCCUGUUCGUGGGCAUGAUGAUCAACUACUUCCAGCGGGUCAACAUCUCGGCUGGCAUUGUUCCCAUGACCCAAUCCACCGCAGGCGCUCCUUUCUACAAUUGGGACACGUCGGACAAGUCCUUGAUCCUCAGCAGCUUUUUCUGGGGCUAUGUGGUGUCCCAGGUGCCAGCAGGUCUCCUGGCCAGGCGAUUUGGCGCCAAGGUAGUCCUCGGCUCUGCCACGGCGAUUGGCGGCAUCCUGUGCUUCUUUCAUCCCAUGGCAGCCAGGAGUGGCUGGGAGGUUAUCUGUGCCCUGCGAGUCCUCACCGGACUAGUCCAGGGCACGGUUUAUCCUUGUGUACACACCCUCCUGGCCAAGUGGGUGCCGCGCACGGAGCGAGGACUACUCACCACUGGCGUCUAUUCGGGAGCCCAGUUCGGAACGGCUGUUAUCCUGGCCACCAGUGGCCUUAUCUUCGAGUCCAACAUGGGCUGGCCGGGACUAUUCUACCUAUCUGGCGGUCUGAGCCUGGCUUGGGCCCUGCUCUUCUUUUGGCAGGCGGCCAAUGAACCCGCAACGGCCGGCAGGAUCAGCAAGAGCGAAAGGGAAUACAUCGAGAGCCUUACGGGCAGCAACAGUGCGAGUCAGUCCGUGGCCGUGCCCUGGACGUCAAUCUUCAAGUCUCCAGCCUUCUAUGGUCUGCUGGCAGCCCAUUGUGGAUUCACCUGGGGCUUCUACACGCUGCUCACGGAAAUGCCCACGUACUUGAGCAGUGUCCUGCAGCUAAACGUCAAAUCCAAUGCCUUCCUCUCCUCACUGCCGUACUUCGCCAUGGGCCUGCUCUGCUUCGUGGUCAGUCCCAUAUCUGAUUUGCUCAUCAACCGGGGCACUAUAUCGAUCACCACGGCCCGCAAGCUCUUUAACUCCAUAGGACAGUGGGGACCGAUGGCCUGCUUGAUCGGAUUGGGAUACAUGACGGCCGACGAGAAGACGUGGGCCAUCCUCCUCCUAACACUGGCGGUGGGCAUCAACGCGGGCUGCUCUUGCGGCUACCUGAUCAACCACAUCGAUCUAUCGCCCAACUUUGCCGGCCCCAUGAUGGGAGUCACCAAUGGGAUUGCGGGAGUGACCUCCAUUGUGGCUCCCUUAGUGGUUGGAGCGAUCAUAUCGAAUGAGGAGGAUCCCAGCCAGUGGCGAGUGGUGUUCUUUAUCACGGGCGGCAUUUACCUAGUGUGCAACACUCUCUUUGUGAUCUUUGGCAAGGCCACUGUUCAGCCGUGGAACGAUCCGCCGUCCACGUCUAGCACGAUGACGCUGCGCAACCACCUGGAAAGCGAUUCAAAGUCCGUUGCUCCCACGUCGGACAAGGACAAUCGGUUUUAAAGCUUGGCCUGCACCAGGACCCCAUUGACAAUCUCGUUAACUGUAGUAAUUAUAAGUAAUUGUUAUUAUGGCUUGCCGUCUGUGCCAGCGAUUUUUGGAUAUGCCUAGCUCUAACUAAGAUAUUGGUUUAUGUUUACGCUCACGCUAAAGGAAGCUUAACAUGACUUAGUUUUGUGAUAAGCCCCAAAAAGACUUUACGAUGUGUAGCACGAUUCUAGGGUUAUUAAGUCGUUUUGAGUAUGUCUAUAAGUAAAUUGUUUAUGCACACAGCAUACUAAUAAAUAUUUACAGCCCUGUGUAA